AUGAAGCUUUCUCCAGAAAAGGUCCGUGACCUUCAAGCUUCCACGCCCAAUGUCCGGAACAUCUGCAUUUUGGCCCAUGUUGAUCAUGGCAAGACGUCGUUGAGUGACUCGCUUUUGGCCACCAACGGUAUAAUAUCCCAGCGAAUGGCUGGUAAAGUGAGGUACUUGGAUUCCCGUGAGGACGAACAGCUUCGAGGCAUUACCAUGGAGCUGUCUGCUAUUUCUUUGUAUUUCAAGGUGAUGAGGAAGAAGGAGGGAAGCAACUCAGAUGAAGCCGAGGUUAAAGAACACUUGAUUAACCUUAUAGACUCACCUGGGCAUAUUGAUUUCUCUUCAGAAGUGUCCACUGCAUCUCGUCUUUGUGAUGGUGCUGUGGUUUUAGUUGAUGUCGUCGAGGGAGUUUGCUCCCAGACGGUGAAUGUGCUCAGACAGUGCUGGGUGGACAGAUUGAAGCCGAUUUUGGUGCUUAACAAGAUGGAUAGGUUGGUGAAUGAAUGGCGUUUCCUGCCUUUGGAAGCAUAUCAGCAUAUUCUGAGGCUUGUGGAGCAAGUGAACUCGGUUAUCGGCUCGUUCUACGCUGGUGACAGAAUGGAAGACGAUAUGAAGUGGAGAGAGUCCGGUGCGGAAGGCGAAUACGUUGAAAGGUCUGACCUGGACCUUUAUUUCUCUCCUGAGAGCAACAAUGUCAUUUUUGCCUCGGCUGUUGACGGCUGGGCUUUUUCCAUUAACACUUUUGCUCGCAUUUACCUGGCAAAACUUGGAUUUUCUCAUGCUGUGUUGUCUAAGACUUUGUGGGGUGACUUUUACUUGGAUAUGAAAAACAAAAAGAUUAUUCCUGGAAACAAAUUGAAAUCUUCUCAAGCAUCACUCAAGCCGCUUUUUGUCUCCCUUGUUUUAGAGCAAAUUUGGAACAUCUACGACGCAUGCCUCUUGAACAGAGACGAUGAGAAACUCGAGAAAAUUACCAGUAAACUAGGUUCGAAACUUUCCCCUCGUGACUUGCGUUCUACCGACUAUAAGAGUUUACUUAACUUGAUUAUGUCCCAAUGGAUUCCGUUGAGUCAUGCUCUUCUUGGUGCCGUGAUUGAGUACUUGCCAAACCCUUCGGAAGCUCAGCAACAGAGAAUGGAAAAGAUCUUGGAUGAAUGUAUCUAUAGCGCUGUUCCUGAAACACCCCGUGAAGAGCUUUUAGAUGAAUCUUUCAAGAAGGCUUUGGAGGCUUGCGAUGCUUCGGACCCCGAAUCCCAUACAUUAGCAUAUGUGUCCAAAAUGCUUUCCGUUCCAAAUGCUGAGCUCCCCAAAGAAGCUACAGUUGCACCAAGUGCUGAAGAGCUCCAGGAAAGAAGUCGAAAGGCCCGUGAGAUUGCCAAGAAGGCUUCAGACGCUGCAGCAGCUUUAGCUGAUGCUCGUUUGGAAGAAGAAGAUGGUGGAGAGAUCUACCUUGAAACGAAACCAGAUCAGUUCCAAUGGGAGUUUGAGGAAGAUCCAGACGAAGAAGAAGAAGAGACGGAGGUUGAAAAAGAGACUUUGGUCGCCUUCACUAGAGUCUACUCUGGUACGUUGAUUCGUGGCCAAAGCGUUUGUAUCGUCGGUCCCAAGUAUGACCCAGCGUUGGGCAAGGACCAUCCAUCCAACAUUGAACAAUUCCGUGAGAACGUCGUCAUCCAAGAUCUUCUUUUGAUUAUGGGCCGUGAGUUUGUGAGAGUUGGUUCUGUACCUGCUGGAAACAUCGUUGGCUUGAUUGGCUUGGGUGACCUUGUCUUGAAGAAUGCUACCAUCAUGUCAGAGUUACCAGAAGGUAAGCCAUACUUAAACUUUGCAUCGACUGCCACUUUAAUUCACAACAAACCAAUCAUGAGAGUUGCCAUUGAGCCUGACAAUUUGCUUAAAUUGCAUAAGCUCGAGAAGGGAUUGGAUUUGCUUACAAAAGCUGAUCCUGUUCUUGAGUGGUACAUUGAUGAUGACUCUGGAGAACUUAUUGUCUGUGUUGCUGGUGAGUUGCAUUUGGAAAGAUGUCUUAAGGAUCUUGAAACCCGUUUUGCACCAGGAUGUGACGUGGUGAUCAAAGAGCCUGUGAUUCCUUUUAGGGAAGGAUUGAAUGUCGAUGCCAAGCCUUCAAUCACUAAGGAGGAGCUUGAAGAAGCCAGUGAUGCCGAAGAGGAAGAAGUUGAAGAGGAUGAGGUUGAUUUGCAAAUUGAAGUAUACCCAUUGCCAGAUGAAGUGACCAACUUCUUGACCAAGAGCGAGCAUGAAAUCAAGGACUUAGUAAACUCAAGACUCACCAACUCAGCAGAAGAAUUCGAGAAGCAUGUUGCUUUGUUUAACGAAAAGUUCCUUGGUGUUCUUGAAGAGCACACACUUCCUCGUGAAGUUCUUGAAAUAUUCCUGACUGCCAAGGACUUUAUCAACAAUGUCAUCAGCUUCGGACCAAAAAGAGUCGGUGCUAACGUUUUUGUUGAGGACCCAACCAAUGGCCAGCAGUUCCGCAGAGCAUUGGUGAAGGAGAAUGAGGAGGCAACUAGGUUUGAGUUUGAGUCCAACGUGUUGGGUGGAUUCCAGCUAGCAAUGAACGAAGGCCCCCUUUGUUCAGAGCCGGUUCAGGGUACCAUUGUUGUGCUCAAGCGUACUUACAGACCUGAUACUGAAGAGGUCUUGCUCAACUUGGCAGGAAGAAUUUUGAAGCAAACCAGGCAGCUUAUCCACAAGGGGUUCUUGCUCAAUGCGCCUCGUCUUUUCCUUGCCAUGUACACAUGUGAGAUUCAAACAUCUCCUGAAGUACUUGGAAAGGUCUAUGUCGUCAUCCAGAAGAGAGGUGGAUCGAUUAUAUCUGAAGAAAUGAAAGAAGGUACGCCAUUUUUCACCAUCAACGCCAGAAUCCCAGUUGUGGAAGCCUUUGGAUUCUCAGAAGAAAUCAGAAAGAGAACUUCAGGUGCUGCAAGUCCUCAGCUUGUGUUCGAUGGUUUUGAUAUGCUUGACAUUGAUCCAUUCUGGGUACCCCACACUGAAGAAGAGCUUGAAGAGCUCGGAACAUUCGCUGAAAGAGAAAAUGUCGCAAGAAGGUACAUGAACAACAUCAGAAGAAGAAAGGGUCUUUUCGUCGACGAAAAGGUUGUUAAGAAUGCAGAGAAGCAGAGAACCUUGAAGAAGGAUUAA